AGUCAUAAACGUUUUAAUAAUUCAUACGAAAAUGCAAGUUUUACAUAUUUUAUCUUUACUAUUAGUGGCUCUAGUGGCUUAUUCAUCAGCCCAAGGAUGUCCGGGCAGUCCACGUAAUCCUUCCUGUAUCGGUCCUCGAAAUGAAGGUCGUCGUGGUUGGCGUUGUCAAGCUCGCAUGAUGUGGUGGUACAAUGCCAGAACAAGGCAAUGUCAAAUAAUGCCUUAUUGGGGUUGUUGGGGCAACAACAAUCGUUGGUGUACCCGGGCUAUCUGUGAGCAAAGAUGUCGUCGCUAAGUUUGAAAUUCAUCUUAAAAAUAUUUUUAACUUGGUGUUUAGUUUUGUGGUCAA